AUGACUCUGUUCUUUGUGGCCGUGAUCAUGGCCGGUCUGAACGUGCAGUGGUUUUGUCCAUCUGCCACAGAGUGCAUGCUGGUCAUGCAGGAGAUCGAGAAGGAACACGGUCUGGGGAAUCAGGUGGGUAUGAGCUUCAAUAAGGAAGGAUACGCCAAACUCCGUGAACAGGACCCAAAAUACAAGGAGCACAGGACCACCUUCUACCGCUACCAUGGUCUGUCCAACCUCUGCAACCUUAUAGGCUUUUUCUCCACUACCAUCAAUCUCAUUUACCUGGCCCUCCAUUUGGGAACUAUAUGAGUGUGUUGUGCGUUUAUGAGAAAGAGUCCAGUCAGUGUAUGUUCUCUUUUUCUGUCAGAAUGUUUUAUAUAACAAUAAUGCUUCUAGUUUUUAUACAACAAGAGUUUUUAGUGUUCUUUAAGGUUAAAAGAACCAAAUUCAGAAGUGAAGCCAAAAGUGAAAAGUUGAUUUUGUAUUCACACUGUCCAAAAAAAAUUGGACUCGGAUCUCGAUUUAGUCCGUUUUAUUUGUGACCGGGUUUCAGUCCAUUUCAGCCCAAUUUGUCCAUGACUUUCCUUUGAAAUCUUUCUAUAUAAGGAAUAAUUCUUGUGACUCACUCUCAGACAAUGUAUAAAACGCAUAUUUUUAUGUCUGGAUUUAUUAUGUAAACAUUUCCAGCCAUAUUAAAUGAUAUUAUUAUGGAUGUUAACAGUAUUUCUCC